AUGGUGGCGUUGAACGUUUGUCGAGGCAUACGGGAGUGGAGACGCAAGAAUGACGUUCAGGCAUUUUAUCGAUGUCAGCAAACACUGAUUGAUUUGCAAAAAGAAGACGAAUUGACACUUAAUCAAAAGCAAGAUGAUCAACUGCAGAAUGAAGCACAUCAAGAACGACGCAAAUUGAAAUGGGAUACGUGGCUAGCUCGUAUCACACUGCUGCUCAAUAUAAUAAUGAUUGUUGCAAAAACGGUUGCUGCAUACCUGUCGAACUCACUUUCAAUCAUCAGUUCAGUGGUAGAUAGCGUUAUGGAUAUUACAAGUGGGACAGUAAUUUGGGUGUGUCUCCGAUCGAUCAGAAAAACAAAUCGAUAUGAGUAUCCAAUUGGGCGAAAUCGGUUAGAACCGAUUGCUGUAAUGUUCGUCGCUAUUGUGAUGAUUAUAGCGAAUGUGAUCGUUAUCGGCGACGCACUUUUAUCGACGAUAAAACAAGACAUCGGUCCGAUUAUUGAUCUACCAACAUUCAUAAUAAUGGUGAGUGGAACAGUCCUGAAGAUGAUCCUAUUUCUGAUUUGUUACCAGCAAAAAUCGCCUGGCGCUAAGGUUUUAGCAAUGGACCAACGCAAUGAUGUUCUAACGAACAUUGUUGCUUUAGCUGGUGCUUAUAUCGGAAAUCGUUUCUGGCUCUACGCAGAUCCACUAGGCGCCUUUUUCGUUUGUAUAUUUAUUAUCACAAGCUGGGCCGAAACUGCAUACGAGCAAAUACCGUUACUCGUCGGUAAAACAGCCAGUGGUGAAUUUAUCAAUCGGAUCAUUAAAAUCGCUAUCAGCCACAACGAUGAAAUUCGUUUUAUCGAUACAAUUAUUGUCUAUCACCUUGGUGCUAACUUCCUCGUCGAACUGCACGUGGUGAUGGAUCCCGAAAUGAAGCUGCGGCAAACGCAUGACAUCUCUGAAACAUUACAAGUGAAACUGGAAAGAUUACCAUACGUCGAACGAGCAUUUGUUCAUUGUGAUUAUGAAUUCGAUGGUGAUGAGCAUAUCUAA